AUGCUGGUUGUCGAUUUCAUGCACGAGUGUGAACUGGGAACAUGGAAGUCUCUAUUCACCCACCUUAUCAGGCUUCUGUACGCUAUUCCUGGUGGAGAUAAACUAGUAGCCAGCCUGGAUGCUAUGAGACCCUAUAUUCCUUCCUUUGGCAAUGGGGUGAUAAGAAGAUUUGCCAAUAACAUGUCUGAAAUGAAAAGGUUGGCAGCAAGAGACUUCGAGGAUAUCUUACAGUGCUGUAUUCCUGUUUUUGAGGGGCUGUUCCCAGAGCCCCAUGACUCAAUUGUUCAGUCCCUCCUAUAUCACUUUGCACAGUGGCAUGCUCUUGCCAAGCUCAGAAUUCAUUCGGAGUCUACUUUGAGCCUUCUACAAGAAACAUUUGCUAAUCUGUCUCAAAGAUUGCGACAUUUUGCUGUCCAUACUUGUAAUGCCUUCAAUACUAUGGAACUACCAAAAGAGAAGGUGGCACAUUAA